AUGUCGUCCUCAUCGAGUUCAAUUGUUAAUAAGCGCAAGAGGUUAAACUCGAGAACCUCCGACAAUCGUCUUUCCAUGGAGGGAAACCCUUCAAACCAGCAGCCAACCUCAGGCGAAGAGGCCGAUGGAGAGCUCUCCUAUGAUUCUGCUCCUACAGCUGGAGUUGGCGCUCCGGGAGUGGAUUCAGUCGCGGGCGGCCACCCGGCGAAGCGAGCUAAGAGGCAUUCGCUGGACCGUAAUGAUGUUGAUGAAGGUGAUAAGUCGUCGACUACGGAAGCCAGCAGCGCCAUCCAGGGCCGUGUCAGAGAUGGGAGACGUCCACUGAGUGGUACGAGGACAAACUCGAGCGCAAGUUCCAGUAGCACUGGGAGUGUGGACGGGCCACCUGCUCCCCCACCUAUGGCACCGCCAGAGAAGGGAGGUACAUUGGCUCCCGCGGGGUACUCCAUGAAUCCUCCUCCCACUGAUAGACCGGUGAGGGUGUAUGCUGAUGGAGUAUUCGACCUAUUCCAUCUUGGGCACAUGCGACAGCUCGAACAAGCGAAGAAGGCAUUCCCAAAUACCUACCUUCUUGUUGGAAUCCCUAACGACACGGAAACCCACAAGCGCAAGGGACUCACGGUUCUUACAGACCAAGAGAGAGCGGAGACGCUUCGUCAUUGUAAAUGGGUAGACGAGGUCAUCGAGAACGCACCAUGGAUUGUUUCCCCUGAGUUCCUGGACGAGCACUCGAUCGAUUAUGUCGCGCACGACGAUGAGCCGUAUGCAAGUGCGGAUUCCGAUGACAUUUACCGCCCCUGCAAAGAAGCCGGCAAAUUCCUCGUGACCCAACGGACAGAGGGUAUCUCGACUACCUACAUUAUUACAAAGAUCGUGCGUGACUACGAGAAAUAUAUCAUUCGACAGCUCAAGCGGGGCACUAGCCGUCAAGAGCUCAAUGUCUCUUGGCUCAAGAAGAACGAGCUCGAUCUCAAGCGCCACGUCACUGAGCUGCGUGAAACCAUCAAGAACAACUGGUCCACCACCGGGCGAGAGCUUCGGGACGAAUUCCGAAAUUACUGGGCGCCUUCCUCUCCCAGGUCGUCUUCGCCAUAUCUCUUUGGAACAUAUGGUGGAUCAAGCGGAUCAAAUAGAGAUGUGAGCGGCGAGAAAAGCCACCUUUCACAUUUGGAGCCGCCUUCCAGGCCACAAUCGCCGCACACCGAAUUUGCGAAUGGAUAUUCGCUAGGUCUCAUUGGCGGAGUUAGAUCUUGGAUGCGUGCAAGACAGACCCCACGUGGCUCCAUGGCUCAAUCGGAAGCUUCAUCUGACGACGAGGAUGCGCAGAGUCCUCCCAAGGAGGGGCAGGAGAAGAGGUUACAGGACAGUAUCCAGAACGACAUUAAAGCCGGAGCGGACGAGGCCGUGACAAGCGGAAACAGAACUACAGAGACGCCAGCCAUCCUGAAAACUAGUCCAUAA